AUGGGUGGCAAACACGCUCUCGUCCUUGGGGCGUCUGGUAUCACCGGAUGGGCUAUAGUUUCCGAACUCCUCAGCGGCGGUCCCGACGUGCAACAGUUCUCCCGAGUCACUGCACUGACCAACCGACCCUUGUCACCUGAGAUCGCGCGCUGGCCAUCCAGUCCAAAGCUGAAUGUCGUCAGUGGCAUCAAUCUCUUGAAGGGAACGCAAGAUGAGCUUCAAGCAGAGUUCCAGGCCAAAGUGCCAAACAUCGAGACAGUAACACAGCUUUUCUUCAACUCAUACAAAUUCUCGACCGAUAAGAAGAAGGAGUCGCAAGAAAAUGCAGAGAUGCUGGCUCGCUGCGUUGCCAUGGCCGAAGCACUCAGUCCAAGCUUUGAGUUCAUCGUUCUUCCAACAGGGGGAAAGGCUUACGGCUAUCACCUCUUGGACAAGUUCCCCUUUGGCGACCAGAUGCCGCUCAAGGAGAGCUUGCCGCGCAUCCCCGAACCGUAUGCUUCAGAUCUGUUCUACUACUGGCAAGUCGACCGACUCAAAUCGCUUUCCAAAGGAAAGAGUUGGACAUACUGCGAAAUCCGCCCCGACAUGGUGGUAGGCUUCGUGCCCAACAACAAUGCUCACUGCUUGGCUCAGAUUCUCGCUAUUUAUCUUUCCCUCUACGCCCACGUCAACGGUACUGGCAGUGAGGUUCCUUUCCCAGGCAACGAGAAGUCGUGGGUGAUUCACUCAAACGACUCGUCUCAAGACAUUGUAGCCCGCUUCAGUAUCUACGCCUCUCUGCGACCCGAUCGGGCGGGAGGCGGCAGGGCCUUCAACGUCUGUGAUAGGUCCAGGCCAUCUUCUUGGUCGGUCAAGUGGCCAGUUUUAUGCUCCUACUUUGGCCUCAAGGGCACCGGACCCUGUGAGGGCUCGCAGCAGCCUGGACCUUAUAUCCAGGAGCACCGUGACAGAUGGAUCGAGCUCGCGCAAGAGAAUCGGCUUCGACUCGAGCAGCUCGACAACGAUCUCGCCAAUCCCGGGUUUCAGAAGUACAUCAUGUCGUUGUUUGUCUUCGAGAGGGUCAUGUCGCUUGAGGCUAUGCGUGAGGCUGGCUUUUCGGAAGAGGUGGAUGAGAAGACAGCGUGGUAUACGGCUUUUGACAGAUUCAGGGCUGCAAAGAUCAUUCCAUGA